CCAUCAUGCAGCGCCGUACUUGUUCCCAACCGCCGUGUACACUGGGCUCUGGACGACUCGAGGCAUACAGCGCAUGAACUGGAUAUUGCUGUAGCAUGGGUGACAUCUCUGAAAGGGCGAGGAUCAACCGAGCACGACUUGCGGAGGUUUUCGACAGCCCUGGCCAGAGCGAGAGCGUGAUCUGGGAUACCGAGGAAUGGUGGAUUGAGCGUCAACCGUGGCUGGAAAGCCUUGGGUACCUGCUUCGUCCUCGUUUCCGGCCUGGUUGGAAGCCGUCCUGGCACACGACCAAAGAUAAACAUGCCCACUGGUGGCGCGCAGAGGAUCGUGUUACCUUAGGUUACCCCUUUUUACUUGACGCUACUCGCAUGUCGGACGGGACCGUGGUCAUGUUCAAGCGCGUGGAUAAGACGCGCCAUCCCCAGGAAGUUGAACUAACGUCGAUGCUUUCGUCCCCGCCUUUCACCUCCGAUCCGCGCAACCAUUGCGUACCUGUUUAUGAGGUGAUUCAGGAUCUGAAGGACGAGAAGUACCAGUUGAUGGUCUUGCCUGUAUUGCGCCGCUAUGCAGAUCCGCGGUUCGAUACUGUUGGAGAGGCCGUCGACUGCUUUCGUCAAAUCAUCCAGUGCCUUCACUUCCUACACGAGAACAAAAUUGUUCAUCGGGACUUCCACAGGCUAAACAUUAUGAUGGAUGCUUCGCCGCUCUUCCCUGUCCCCUUCCAUCCCCUUCGCCAGACCAUGCGACGAGAUUUCAAAGGGACAGCCGAAGCUGCGUAUACCCGCACCGAGCGUCCCGUGAAGUACUACAUCAUCGACUUCGGACUCUCCAUCCGCUAUAAUUCUGUCGACCCGCCACCGUCGGAAGUCCCCGUUCUCGGAGGCGAUAAGUCUGUCCCAGAGUUCAAGGGCGACGACCCGUCUAAGAGGUAUGGUGGCCUGUCGAAGCCGUAUAAUCCCUUCCCCACCGACGUAUAUUGUCUGGGGAACUGGAUACGCGAGGAUUUUCUCGACGGCUUUUACAACGAGAAGACUGGUGAAGUCAUUCGGUCCAAGAAACUCGGCUUCGAGUUCCUCCGCCCGCUCGUCGACGACAUGACGCAGGCAGACCCGUCCAAACGCCCGAAUAUGGACCAAGUCGCGGAGCGCUUUGAGAGCAUCGUGUCCUCUCUUUCGUCGUCCAAGCUGCGUUCGCGUGUGGCGAAGGCGAAUGAUCAUCCUCUGUACAACAUGUACUGGGCGACGAAGCAUUGGGCACGUCGUAUCAAGCUUGUGGCGCUCAGGCGCCCAGCGCUGCCCUCGCCAGACCCAUAGUCUUUGCGUAUGCAGUAAACAACUGUUCUUGGAUAGCCCGUCCAUACCUGGACAUUGGUACGUUCGACAUGCACAGAAUAUCACUCUCCUUCACCGAGUCCAUUGAUAUUGCAAAAUGUCGUUGCUCAUCUCUGC